AUGAAGACUCGGGAGGUGUCAUCGGCUCCUGUGCCGGAGGUGGGCAGGGGGUUCAGUUCUGGUUCAUCAAGUCCUGCAAGUGCAUCCUUCGCUGUGGAUGAGAUAAGUCGGGUGUCGGAGGCAAAGAGCAGGGGCAUCGUAAAAGGCUCUGAUGAGGCAUCAUGGAAGGAGACAAUCCGAUUGCAGAUGGAGGAUGAAUUAAAUCAGAGGGUCCGAGAGGCUCUCGAAACUCCACCACUCGAGCGUGCAGAAAAACAAAAGCAUUUACACUCUGGGUCAGGAUCAAGGUCGGAUGGCUUCGGGUCACGAAUUAUAUUUAACUUUGAUAAUCGUGACUAUCUUAACAAUCAAAACUGGCGUGCCAUUCAGGCUCAACGUCAGAUGCAAAGGCUUGUUAGAAUGAAUUACAUUCAGCAAAAUCCAAAUAUAGACUUCAUGUUUCGCGACGAGCUGUCCAAGUCAAAUCAGGAUGAAUUUCCAGGUGUGUUCGGAUUAGAAAAUCUUUCCGAAGGAAUCAAGGAUUUAAAUCGUCAGAGUUUGGAAAAGUACCCAACUUUACGACAAAUUCAGAGACAGUUCUAUACCAAGGAGGGAUAUUUAGCAGCUCUUCGGGCUGGAAAGUUUCCUGAUGGAACUAAAAUUUCUGUUGAAGGAAAUGGAACAUAUGUGGACAAAUUUGGUGUGGUUAGGGAUGGAAAUGGCCCCUUUUGGCCAUCAGAUUUAGGACCUUUAUUUCCGACUCCACGUUUUUUGUGGUUUACGGAACAUCUUCCUGUUGAGCCGCUGUUCUUCCAUAUACACAAUUUACAGUUUCCAGUGACAUUUGACAAUCAGAGUUCUCAGUAUUCUGGGAAAUGGCGGGGAGUGUUGAUUGUAUACGACUCGGAAAGAAGUAGUCGUGACCGGAUACCACAGCCUGUGCCAGAAGGAUGUUGCCCCAAUCUCUUGUUUGAGUCACGGUUUGAGAGUGGAAACCUACGCCAAGCCAGGAGAGUAGGUCAGUUUGAAUACGAGUUGGUGCUGAAAACCGACCUCCACACAAAUCGUCACACACAGUGGUACUACUUCCGGGUACAAAAUGCAGUCCCUGGAAUUGUCUAUAAAUUCCGUAUCGUUAACUUGUUGAAGAGGGACAGCCUGUAUAACUAUGGCAUGCGACCUUUGUGUUACUCUGAAAAAAAUGCUAAAACAAAACAGAUUGGCUGGAUUCGAGCUGGUCACCAUAUAAGUUAUUCACGCAAUAUCAUGCAUCUUCACUGCCCACUGCUUAUGCGAGGAAUUCCAUACUAUGAACUUGAAUGGCAGAUGAGUUUUCCCAAUGAGGAGGACACUUAUUACCUAGCACAUUGUUACCCAUACACGUUUACUGACCUCAAGGAAGACCUGGACGCCUUACUCAACUCACCCGAACGUCGUCAAUGGAUUCGAAGGGAAGUCUUGUGUGAGACUCGGGCUGGAAACAGCUGCUUUCUAAUCACAGUCACAAACUUUGAUAAUUCCAAAGAAGAACAAGACACGAAGCAGGUGAUUGUUGUGACGGCCCGAGUCCAUCCUGGGGAAUCACAGGCAAGCUGGAUGAUGAAAGGUCUUCUUGACUACAUCACAGGGCCUGACCCUGGGGCCAAAGAGCUCCGCAAUGUCUUUAUUUUCAAGGUGGUGCCAAUGUUGAAUCCAGACGGUGUUAUCGUAGGCAACUACAGGUGCUCCCUCGCCGCUCGGGAUUUAAAUCGCAAUUACAGACAUCCUAGGAAGGAAAGUUUUCCUACUGUGUGGCAUGUGAAAAGUAUGAUGGAUAAGGUCUUAGAAAGACAUAAUAUAUUAUUAUAUUGUGACCUUCAUGGACACAGUCGGAAACAUAACGUGUUUAUGUAUGGAAACAACACAUCGCAGGACGGAGAAAACAACACUACUGGUGCUAAGGCAUUCUUACAGGAGCGACUCUUUCCGUGGAUCAUGUCGCAAAAGGCUCCCGAGAAGUUUUCGUUCCAGUCUUGUAAAUUCCAGAUAAAGCGUUGUAAGGAAGCGACGGGACGUGUGGUGAUGUGGAGGCAAAUGCAUAUACUUAAUAGCUUCACACUGGAAGCCACCUUCAGUGGGACCAUCCUCAACAAGUCUGAACCACGCCACUUCAAUGUGGCGGACUUCUUGGAGAUGGGACGUGUUCUUUGUCAAACGGUGCUUGAAUACCAUAUAACUCAGGAAAACAAGGCAAAGCAGACAGACAUGGUGUUAGAACUGACACGGUUCGUUACACAUCAGGUCCUUGAGCAGAAGGGUCUCGUCAACAAUCCUGUACGACUACCACAGUUGAAGGGGGUGCAAGUCAACAAUGGCGAGAAAGUUCUCUCAAAUGGUGAUAAUGGAUAUAUUUCAGAUUCUGGAAUAGUUCAAGGCGUUGAACCUAGUCAUGAAAUGUGCCACCCUCAGUUUGAAAUGGGAUCAGACUCUUUACGCGAAGCCAUUGUUUCGUAUCUAGGACAAGAAAAAUCUGUAUCAAAUGAGGAAGUGAAAAAAGACAAAAAACAAAAAGUGAAUGGCAGCAAAACCCAGCAGGACACUUCCAAAAAUCACAAUUCUGGGAACCUCAGUCGGAAGGAGGUUGACAAUAUGAUAGAGUCGGCCUCUCUGAAGACAAUGGAUGGUUGCCUGAAAAUUCUUGCCCAAUUAAAUGUUCGGGAAGCAAUACCAGAUUCUGAUUCAAGUGACAGUGAUAGUGAAUCUGAAGCCGAAAUGAAAAUCGUGGACUCCAAAUCAAAGAAAAAGAAACGAAAAUCUAGGAAACAGCGAGAUAAAGAACAAAAUGAUCGAAAAGGUGGAGGUUCUGGAAGUUCAGAGAAGAAGGAAGAACGAUCCAAGUCCCUUUCGGUGGGCAGAGAGCGUCCUAUUAUAAGAGCAUAUAAGCUUCUGGCAACGGCACAGGCCUUGCCCACUAUUACAUGUUCUGAUGCACUUCACGACAACCUGGGUCACUCUGUCAAUCAAAAAAAGCAGUUUGAACCAUUCAAAUGUUCCAAGUGUAUGCCUUCAGUUUGUAUACACAGACCUAAGUCUAGUGCUAACCUAGAGAAGUAUAUGCGAGCUCAAAAGAAAGAUGCUCCACAUUUUGUCAGCAAGUAUGAGGGACGAAGAAAUGGAGGGAUCCCCUGUUUCUCUGAAGAAAGAAGUUUAGAAAGAGCGGCUAAGAGAAUGGCAGAAAUGAAGAAAAGAACAGAAGAGGAGAAGAGAAGAGAAAUGGCAUUCUUUAUGUCCACCGCUUCCUCUAUACCAACUAGUGAAAGAGCAUGGUACAUGGAAACAUGGUUGAAACUACAGUGUGAGUUGGAAGAUGGCCUGUGUUCUUGCCCUAAGUCGUUGAUGCCUGUUCAUCAACAGCUUAAUCGGUCAAUAACCAAUGAUGAAUUACAACGUCGCCUACAGGUGGCGCUGAGCGAGGGGACACCCAACAUCGCACAGACACUAGUAGGAUUAAAUAUUCGUACAAGUUAUACACAUGCGGCAGAUACAUUUAGAGAUAUGGCACCUCAGGUGCUGCCCUCUACAUUACCACAGGCAAGGGAGAUAAGUUCUGACGACGGGGGCAGUGAGAGUGACGUAGAAGGUGUUUCUACCACUAUUCCCGUCACCGCCCGAAAUAAUCCCUACCUUCACCGAGAGGCCACCGCGCUCAGUAGUUUUCACCUGGCCGGUAUAGGCACCGGUAGCCAUGUUGCCAAUAACAACAAGAAAACAGCCAGAUCUGGCCCUUUGUACAAGACACUUACCCGUCAGACCACAACUCCUGCUGCCACACCUUCAACUGGGUUCAUGGCCACAGCACUUCCCGGAAUGGCAGAUGACACAUCCAAACUUGUAGGAAGACAACGAAUUAGUAGGACGACUGGCCCACUGACUCUUUAUGGGGAUGAAAAUAUUCCAAAGACUGGAUUAACAGAGGAAGCUAUAGAUAGGAUUCUCACUAGAAAUGUGAAAGACUACAAAGGGAAACCCCAAACUGCUCGAACAGGACCAACAGACAUUUCGAAAAUUCCAACUUCUAUUCUCACUCAAGAGUAUAUCAACAUCGUGUUUGAGCGUCUUAAACGAUCGGCAACUCCAAUUUCUGGAUGGAAAACCCAGCUAGCAAGUUUAUAG